AUGGUUGGGGGCGUUGGCUACCUCCUGUACAGCGUUGAGGGCGGGGCGCUGAUGAAGUGGGCCGUUUCUCCGCUGGCAGACCCGUUUCAGGUCGGCAGCGUGGCCGCUGACGUGUAUGGCGAGGUCACGUGCAUGAUCCCUCGCCUAUGCGGCAAGAAGAACAGGCGAUUGAUUGUGGGCACAUCCAAAGGCGUGAUGAUGGAGUUGGUGCCCGGUAUUCCCACACCCGUCUGGUCCUGCCGCCGCCACAGCACUGCCAUCACGGGCCUCACGCUUGCGAAGCGGGGCCGGCGACCGUGCCUGGUGAGCGGCGACACAUACGGCAACGUGCUCGUCACGCCACUCCGCGACACCGCUGCCGAGGCAGAAUGCCUCGUGUGUCUGUCGGAGAAGCCCAUACGAAACGGCGUUGGCCGGGAGAAUGGGACGGGCGCCCUGUGUGCGAAGUGUGUUCGCUUGUCCGCCGCGUCGCCAGUGGGGACGAGUAGCCGCAGCAGCCCGUGCUCACACGCCAGCACCGGCGCCUUUGACGCGUCCUGUGAACCGUGCUGCCUACGACGUCGCAGGGAGGUGUGGGCGAAUUACGAGCACGUGGAGAAUGCACAAACAACCAAGUGCAGAGAGUGCAGUGCCAGCAUCCUGCGGGCACACCCGUUUCAGCUCUGCACCGACUGUCUCGAACUUGUCAGGAAACAGCCCCCCAUUGGCAAGGCCGACGGGUGCGCCGGCAGCUGCGACCUCAAGCAGCGGUGUGGCGCCUGCCACGAGCGAUCGCUUGCAGCAGUUGUCCGCGCCAACAAGCGCGCAGUGCCCGAGCCGCCGCCGUCGUACACACUGCACCGCCUCUCUGGUCGCAUCGCGGGCCUGGACCGCCACCGCAUGGACAAGGUCGUGAUUGGCGUGGGUGUGGCAGACGCAGCGGAGAGGACGGUGCUGGUGUGGCGCCUGACAGAGACGAAGCCCAUGGCCACGGCGCUGCCACCGAUGACGCGGGCUGUGAAGGACCUGCGGGUGUGCGGCGGCAGGCUGUUUGUCCAUUUUGCUGACUCGGCUGCUGUGGAGGUGUAUCGGGUACAGGAGGAGAGCGGGGCAAGUCAGUACACAGCAGCACUGCUUGCAACGUUGCAGGCUGCAGGCGCACAGGCUGUUCCCAGCGCCAUGGCAGCUGUUGGUGUUGGCAGGAAAGCACGCGUGUGCAUCGGAUACACGGAUGGAACAGUACAGGCGCGGGCUGUCAACGACAACACGGCAGUGCCCGAUCUGCUGUUCCCACAACAGGUGUCACCUCCGUCAUCACCCGAAGCACCAGCGCCGCACGCUGCAACAGCGAACGCGCCAGCAGCCGUGGCGAGCGCUGCGCCCACACAACCGCAGCAAGAGGACGAGGGCAAACACAAUGGAGGAACAGCAGAAGGAGAGGGGCGACAAGGGGAUGAAGAUGAAGCGGAUGAAGGAGAGCGAGAUGGUGGUGAGGGAGAGGGUGAUGGAGAGGGUGCGGAGGCUGUUGAGGCGAGCGACGAAGCAGACGCCUGUGCUGUUCAGCAGCAAGGGGCACAGCAGCAGCAGGACGAGGAACAGCAGCAGGAGGACGAGGAACAACAACAGGAGGAAGAGGAACAGCAACAAGAAGAAGAGCAGCAGCAGGAGCCAGCUGUGAUGGUCGAGGACGAUGAUGUGGAAUCGGUGCAUGAGGGCGACGCGAGGCAGAGGAAGACAGCGCAGGGUCAGACGCGCAAGGCAUCAAAAGCAACAGCGACAGCAACAUCAUCGUCACGGGCCAAGCGCGCACCGACACGCUCACGGCGCAGGAAGAAGAAGGCGAGUGCACACAACAUGCAGUGGCGGUUUGCACCGAACAUCGAGGGCGACCCAGCGCUGAUGCAGGAGGCCCUGCGCGAAUCUGACGAGUACUUUCUUGGCCUGGACGGCGCGCCGAUGACGACGCGACGCGUGAACGGGCGGGAGAUGCUCACGUGUGAUUUGAUCACGUGCAAGGGCGUGUUCCCCAACGAGAAGGCCCUUGAGGAGCACUGUCGUCGGUUUGACCACUCUGCCGCGCUCGCGCCGCUGAAGCGCGACACCAUCAACGCCCGGCGUACGCUUCGUCUCGGGUUUGGCGCCACAGAUGCAGAGAUCAAGCAGCGGAUUCGAAAGCUGCGCCUUCGAUGGCACCCGGACAAGAACCAGAAUCCAAACGCAAGCGCCAUCAUGGCCGUGUUCAACAACGCGUACCGCGAGCUCAACCAGCCAUAG